CUCCUCCCCCACCCGCUGGACUCUCAGCACAGGACAGCGCCCGCCUCAAACGCGCCGUAUAAGUUUGUCUACCGGGGCUUGCCAUAGGGACGCGCACUGCGCAUGUGCAUCCCUUGGUGUCGGAGCGUGUGAGGAAUUGGCGGGUGGGGGUCGCUGUGUGAGGGGACGGCGCCGCCAUGAAGUCCCGCUUCAACACCAUCGACAUCCGCGCGGUGCUGGCCGAGCUCCGGGACAGCUUAUUGGGAAUGAGAGUAAACAAUGUCUAUGAUGUGGAUAAUAAGACAUAUCUUAUUCGCCUUCAAAAGCCAGACUGUAAAGCUACACUUCUAAUUGAAUCUGGUAUACGGAUUCAUACAACAGAGUUUGAAUGGCCAAAGAAUAUGAUGCCAUCUGGGUUUGCAAUGAAGUGUCGUAAGCAUUUAAGGAGUAGAAGGCUUGUCAGUGUAAGGCAGCUGGGAAUAGACAGAAUUGUAGACUUUCAAUUUGGAAGCGAUGAAGCAGCCUAUCAUCUCAUUGUUGAGCUUUACGACAGAGGAAACAUUGUUCUGACAGACUAUGAAUACUUAAUUUUAAACAUCCUGAGGUUUCGCACAGAUGAGGCAGAUGAUGUCAAAUUUGCAGUUCGGGAACGGUACCCAGUUGAUAACGCUAAAGCACCUGCACCAUUACCUACCUUGGAAAGGUUGACUGAAACAAUAUCAAAUGCAUCUAACGGGGAACUGCUAAAGAGGGUCCUUAACCCACAUCUUCCUUAUGGAGCCACACUCAUUGAGCACUGCCUUAUAGAAGCUGGAUUGUCUGGUAAUGCCAAAGUAGAUCAACAGAUGGAAAGCAAAGAAAAUAUUGAAAGAGUACUUGCUGCUUUACAGAAGGCAGAAGAAUAUAUGAAGAUAACUAACAACUUUAGUGGGAAGGGUUAUAUCAUCCAGAAACGUGAGAAAAAGCCAAGCCUGGAGCCAGAUAAACCUGCAGAAGAAAUCCUCACAUAUGAGGAAUUUCAUCCUUUCUUGUUUUCUCAACAUUUAAAGUGUCCGAACAUGGAAUUCGAAUCAUUUGAUAAGGCAGUGGAUGAAUUUUACUCCAAGCUAGAAGGUCAGAAGAUCGAUUUAAAAGCUUUACAACAGGAAAAACAAGCACUGAAGAAGCUGGAAAAUGUUCGUAAAGAUCAUGAGCAUAGACUUGAAUCUCUUCAUCAAGCUCAGGAAGUUGAUAAGGUAAAAGGAGAACUCGUAGAAAUGAACCUGGACGUAGUUGACCGAGCUAUCCAGGUGGUUCGCAGUGCAUUGGCCAACCAGAUAGACUGGACUGAAAUUGGAGCAAUUGUAAAAGAAGCUCAGGCUCAGGGAGACCCUGUUGCGAGUGCAAUCAAAGAAUUAAAGCUUCAGACAAAUCAUAUCACAAUGCUACUAAAAAACCCGUAUGUAUUAUCAGAGGAGGAGGAGGAGAAAGAUGACGAAGCUGAUCAUUGGAAAGAAGUUGAAGAACCAAAGGGGAAGAAGAAAAAGCAUAAAAAUAAACAGCUGAAGAAACCUCAGAAAAACAAGCCAUUGUUGGUUGAUGUUGAUCUCAGUUUGUCUGCAUAUGCCAAUGCUAAAAAAUAUUAUGAUCAUAAGAGACAUGCUGCCAAAAAAACGCAGAAGACGGUAGAAGCUGCAGAGAAGGCAUUCAAAUCAGCAGAAAAGAAGACAAAGCAAACAUUGAAAGAAGUUCAGACAGUUACCACCAUUCAGAAAGCAAGAAAAGUUUAUUGGUUUGAGAAGUUCCUGUGGUUUAUUAGCUCUGAAAAUUACCUCAUUAUUGCUGGAAGAGAUCAACAGCAGAAUGAAAUGAUUGUGAAGCGAUAUUUGAAAUCAGGAGAUGUAUAUGUGCAUGCUGACCUACAUGGUGCAACUAGCUGUGUAAUCAAGAAUCCUACAGGUGAGCCGAUCCCUCCCCGUACCCUGACUGAGGCAGGCACCAUGGCAUUAUGUUACAGUGCUGCCUGGGAUGCUCGUAUCAUCACUAGUGCCUGGUGGGUUUAUCAUCAUCAGGUGUCUAAAACAGCACCAACUGGAGAAUAUCUGACUACAGGAAGCUUCAUGAUAAGAGGGAAAAAAAACUUUCUUCCACCUUCAUAUCUUAUGAUGGGGUUUAGCUUCUUAUUUAAGGUGGAAGAAUCUUGUGUUUGGAGACACAGAGACGAACGAAAGGUCAAAGUGCAGGAUGAGGAUAUGGAGUCUGUGACCAGUAGUACCAAUGAACUGGUGUCAGAAGAAGUGGAGCUACUAGAAGAAGCACCAGAAGGAGAUGAUAGCAGCACAGAUGACGAGAAGGCACUGUCUCAAGAAAUGCCUGAUGGUAUUGAAGUCAGGGCUGACAGUAACCUCGAAGAGGAUGUUGCUCACACAGACAAGGAUGGAAUAAACAAGCCACCAGCACAAGAGGAAACCUCUGAAGAUGAUGAUGUAGAAUCUGAAGAAGAGGCUGAAGGUCAGGAGCUGGUGAGGGAAGUGAAGGAGGAGGAGAUAAAUUAUCCAGACACUGCAAUCGACCUGUCACAUCUUCAGCCACAAAGUCUUCACAGAUCCCACCAGAAAAUGGUCACAAAAGAGGAAGCAUCUAAUCUGAGUGACAGUAAGUCACAUGGGCGAAGACACUUGUCAGCCAAGGAGAGAAGGGAAAUGAAGAAAAAGAAGCAGCAACAUGACAUAGAGGAUUUAGAACCACCUGAAGGAAAGGACAGAGAGACCAGCAUGCAGCUCCCAUCUUCUCCUGUUUCAAACAAGAGCAUGUCAGCCCCUCAGCCCAUGAAACGAGGACAGAAGAGUAAGAUGAAAAAAAUGAAAGAGAAGUACAAGGACCAGGAUGAAGAAGAUCGAGAGCUCAUAAUGAAGCUGUUGGGUUCUGCAGGGUCAAGCAAAGAAGAAAAAGUGAAGAAAGGUAAAAAAGGAAAAAUAAAAGAAGAAUCAGUAAAGAAACAAACCCAGAAACCAAAGAGUGGCCAUCAGGUUGAUGCAGGUCAUAAAGAAACCCACCCCCCAGUAGAAGUAUUAACACAUGAGUUACAGGACAUGGCCCUGGAAGAUCAGCAGGAGGAGAAGGAGGAACAGGAUCAAGAUCAACAGGAAAAUGAGGAAGGAGAGAAACUGCUAAAUUCUUUGACAGGCCAGCCUCACUUGGAGGAUAUCCUCCUCUUUGCUAUACCAAUAUGUGCACCUUACACUACCAUGACAAACUAUAAAUAUAAAGUGAAGCUCACUCCAGGCACCCAGAAGAAAGGGAAAGCUGCCAAGACUGCUUUGCAUAAUUUCAUGCAUUACAAAGAAGCUACAGCAAGAGAAAAAGAUUUAUUUCGCAGUGUUAAGAUUCAAGAAUGCUUUAGAACUGGGUAUUUUCUGUACAUGAAGGUACAUACACACUGCAAUCAAGUCACCUCUCAAUCGUCUUUUUGAUAAACUACAGAUUGAGCUUAGAGUCUUGCUGUAAGGCACUUGCUCCAGACCACAAAUCAUUUCUGUGGCUCUAUGUAUUGUCUCCAAUUUUUCAACAUCCAAACUGUACACAGUAGUCUAGUGUCUCACCCUGCCCUGUACAGAGGUAAAAUCACCUUCCUGCUCAUACUUGCUAUUCUUGUUUCUAUAACUAAGGAUUGCAUCGCCCUUUUGGCAGUCACACUAGGGUUCAUGCUCCGUUGCUUGUCUGUGAUCCCUAAAUCCUCUUCUGAGCGACGGCUUUCUAAGCAAGGUCUCCUAGUCUGUCUGCGGGGCCUGCAGGAUUUGUUCCGAGGUGCGUGACCUCACAUUUUGCUGUAUUAAAACACAUGUGCCAAGCAAUCCAGAUCACACUAACUGCCCUGUACUCAUUUACUAUUCUGAAAAUUUUAUCAUCAGUUACCUUAUUUUCUUCUAGAUCCCUGAUAAAAAUGUUGAAUAAUCUGGCCUGCUGCUAGUUGUGGUGGACUCUUGUUAGGAAUGCACCUCUGUGAUGAUUCCUUUUUAACUAGUUAUGUUCAGAUAGCUGGAGUGUUGAGCAUAUAUACGACCUAAUGAUCUAUUGUUUUCCAUGGAAUGGGUAGGAGGUGCAGCAAGUGUUAAUAGUUCUUUAUUCAGAGAACACUGCAUUUUCAUCAAUCAUUUGCUGAAUUGUCACAUGGCCACUUUCUAGGCUGUAAUGUAGUGACAGUGACACGGUUAUCACUGAUUCAUGUGGCAUUACUACUUUGCAGCUGGUAGUCAAAGAGGACAUGGGAGGCUGAGAAGGAGUGAUUGUUGAACACUUCCUACUUGAUUUUUGACCCGAUUUUGUUUUGUAGGAUACUGACUUAUCAAGAAAUAUUCCUGGUAAAGUGAAAGUGUCUGCACCUAAGCUCCUGAACAUGAAAAAGAAGUGAGUGGUGGUCGUACAUCAUGCAUACGUGUUUAAACUGCCACUACUGGUUCAGAAGAGGACAGUGGCAAACCUACCACCUGGACCACUUCAAAUUUUGCUAAUAAAGUAAAAUAGUUACUGAGAGGCAGAGAUGAACAGUUUCCUGCAUCUGACCCUGGCCUAGAUCUAUUUGUAUGGACUUUAAAUUGCAUGUAGCAUGUGACUCCUCUAAAGUGCACAAGUAAACUACUACUGGUCUUAGUUGUCAAAGGCAAGACUGAUUUUGGACUGAUCCUCUUUCUAAUACAGUGAGGACCGGCACAGACCCCGUCCGUUCUCUCGUUGCUCACACUGUAGCAAAGUCCUGCUGCUUGUUCUUUCCAGCUCUCCUUUGGCAAAAGCUGGGUUUUAAAGAUACUACCCUGCUUGGAGCCCUCUUUCUAGUCAGGACAUUAACUGUAUUAAUCUGCUUCUACUUAACAGUAUCAUGUUUGGGAAUGAAGAUAGAUUUGACUGUACAGGCUUUUGGUAAAUAUUAUCAAUCUGUCAUGAUAAAAAUCCUGCAGGGACAUAAAUCUAAAUCUUGCUUCUGACUAAUCAGCUGCAGUCACUCACUGGCUAUGGAGCACUACAACCUGGUAACAAUGCAACAUUAUGAAUGAAUGGGGGAUAGUAUACUUUGCCCAUACUGUAGGGAUUUUUAAGUCCAAAAAAUAUGUACAAUACCUGUGAGCAGACAAAAAACAAAGGCCAGAGUAAAACAGAUGAAUGGUGAGCUGUAGCUUAAAAAUCACAGAUCUAAUACAAUGCCCCAAUACUAUUCACUCCAGUGGUGAGCACAAAAGACAGCUAAUUGAAUUACAGUAAGAAUAUUCAGUUUAGUGCUAUGAAAAGAAAUGAGACAGUAAGUGGAGUGCUGAAAUCACUUUGUUCCAAUAUUUAAAUCACAAGCCAUUUAUUAGUUUCUCAGCCCCUCCACUGUAUCAGUGGUGGCCUGUGUCUCCUGAUUCCUGGGAGACACAGCAGAGCCAGAAAGGCCUUCAUGCUGGUUGCCGCUCACAUACAUACAAUGUACUUUCAGUAGUUUUUAAACUAGUGAAGCUGAGUAGAGCCUGGCAGCUGUUAGUCAUCAGCUUCACAAUAUGCAUGAACCUCUGAAUAUGGAAGCUGCUGAAGGAAACAGCACA